GUGAAACUGGGCACAGCCCCCGUAUAAGAUGCCCCCGACCCGGGAGAUGGCUGAUCAAAGAGACUGGGCCCUGCCAUGGGCCAGAAGGCAGGCGACCUUGGCUGGCGGCUCAGCCUUUUGCUGCUCUCCCUGCUCCUGGUUCGAGCUGGUGUCUGGGGAUUCCCGAGGCCCCCAGGGAAGCUACCCCUGAGCCUGCAGGAGUUGCAGGAGGAGUUCAAGGUCAGCCUGCAUCUUGCCAGGAAGCUGCUCUCCGAGGUUCGGGCCCAGGCCCACCGUUUUGUGAGUUUCCCUAAUGCAACUGGCUCUGGGGAUGGGCGGAUCCCUAAUCCCUUCUGGCCCCUACUAACAGACCUUGCCCUACAGGCUGAAUCUCACUUGCCAGGAGUGAACCUGGACCUCCUGCCCCUGGGAGGGCACCUCCCCAAUGUUUCCCUGACCUUCCAGGCCUGGCGCAGCCUCUCUCACCCAGAGAGGCUGUUAUUCCUUUUCAUGACACUUCACCCCUUCCAAGCCCUCUUGGGAGGACUGAGCAGCCAGGGGAUCUGGGCCAGCACAGAGAGGAAGAAGCUGUGGGCCGUGAGUUUGGAUCUCCGAGAUUUGCAGCGGCAUCUUCGCUACCAGAUGCUGGCUGCAGGAUUCAACCUCCCUGAGGAAGAGGAGGUAGAGGAAGAGGAGGAGAGCAAAGGGCUGCUCCCAGGGACCCCGGGCAGCCCCUCACAGAUGUCAGCCCAGGUGUCCUGGCCCCAGCUCAUCUACACCUACCAGUUGCUACACUCCUUGGAGCUUGUCUUGUCUCGGGCCGUGAGGGACUUGCUGCUGCUUUCCCAGGCUAAAAACCCAGUCCUGGCCUCGGGGUGUCCAACACUGGAUGGCUCCCACUCCUGAUGAAGUGGUUUCUUAGCCCCUUCCCUCUCCGGUUAAGAGUUUAGGACUGGAGUUGGG